GGCUCUGUUCUAGGCCCUCUCCUAUUCUCGCUAUACACCAAGUCACUUGGCUCUUUCAUAACCUCACAUGGUCUCUCCUAUCAUUGCUAUGCAGACGACACACAAUUAAUCUUCUCCUUUCCCCCUUCUGAUGACCAGGUGGCGAAUCGCAUCUCUGCAUGUCUGGCAGACAUAUCAGUGUGGAUGACGGAUCACCACCUCAAGCUGAACCUCGGCAAGACGGAGCUGCUCUACCUCCCGGGGAAGGACUGCCCGUUCCAUGAUCUCGCCAUCACGGUUGACAACUCCAUUGUGUCCUCCUCCCAGAGCGCUAAGAACCUUGCCGUGAUCCUGGACAACACCCUGUCGUUCUCAACUAACAUCAAGGCGGUGGCCCGUUCCUGUAGGUUCAUGCUCUACAACAUCCGCAGAGUACGACCCUGCCUCACACAGGAAGCGGCGCAGGUCCUAAUCCAGGCACUUGUCAUCUCCCGUCUGGAUUACUGCAACUCGCUGUUGGCUGGGCUCCCUGCCUGUGCCAUUAAACCCCUACAACUCAUCCAGAACGCCGCAGCCCGUCUGGUGUUCAACCUUCCCAAGUUCUCUCACGUCACCCCGCUCCUCCGCUCUCUCCACUGGCUUCCAGUUGAAGCUCGCAUCCGCUACAAGACCAUGGUGCUUGCCUACGGAGCUGUGAGGGGAACGGCACCUCAGUACCUCCAGGCUCUGAUCAGGCCCUACACCCAAACAAGGGCACUGCGUUCAUCCACCUCUGGCCUGCUCGCCUCCCUACCACUGAGGAAGUACAGUUCCCGCUCAGCCCAGUCAAAACUGUUCGCUGCUCUGGCUCCCCAAUGGUGGAACACACUCCCUCACGACGCCAGGACAGCGGAGUCAAUCACCACCUUCCGGAGACACCUGAAACCCCACCUCUUUAAGGAAUACCUAGGAUAGGAUAAGUAAU